UGACGUCAUGGGCGUCUCCCAGUCUUCAGAGCGCAGCUGCGGGCUUUUCCCCUUAGUUGUUGUCAGCUCAGGUGAGCGCACCUUCCCACCUGAGCGCAGGGCUGGAUCGAAAUUCUCCAAGUGGAAUUCAGAGCCGCUCAUUUUCACUGACUGAUCAUGUCGCGCUGUGGCUCGUUACCUCUGCUCCUCCUGCUGAUGAUCCUGCUGCCCGGCGGAGGCGCGGAGGACUGCAGCGACUCCUUUCGCAGAGGGAAGGACAACUUCGUGCUGGACACGGCGGAGGCGGUGAAGAACGGCGCGGCCCCGCUGGCCUCGGAGCGCGCCGCCUCCAUCCAGGACUGCGUGGAGCUGUGCUGCGGGGACGAGCGCUGCAACCUGGCGAUGCUGGUUCCGGCCGACCCCACAGAUGACGACCCGAGUCCAGUCUGCGCCCUGUUCAAUUGCGUCUACAGAAGCAAGUUUGUGUGCGAUUUCACGACCCAGGAAGGAUACCAGAGCUCCAUACGCAAUUCGGUGUAUGACAAAUACCUGCAAGGGCCAGGUGAAGUGCAUUCUUCCAUCGCCAACGCCGGCCGGGAUAUCAUUGCACAGCCCGGAAGGCCCGUGCUGCUCAGUGGUAUUGAGAGUCUGUUGCUGAAUGAAGCUCACAUCACCAAAUAUCAGUGGAUUUUGGAGGAAGGCGACAGUGAUGUCGUGAUAGAGGAGACGAAUCAAACUGACACGGUAAAGCUCACCAAUUUAAAGGAAGGAUCCUACCUCUUUCUGCUGACCAUCACAGACACACACGGAGAAACCAGCAAAGCAAAUGUCAGUGUCAUCGUCAUCACGCCGGAAAUGUCAAUAAGUUAUUGUAUGGCUCCAUUGAAGGUGGGUCCUUGUCGAGCAGCUUUCCCUCGUUGGCAAUAUGAUGCGACUCAAGGCCUUUGUACAGAGUUUCAUUUUGGGGGCUGUAAUGCCAAUGAGAACAACUACUUGUCUGAAAACGACUGUAUGUCCGCCUGCCAAGGAGUUAAAGAUUCAAAACAGAGAAGCAUUCAUCCAUCAGAGGGUUUGGAUGACUGCACCAACACAACAGACGGGGAAUCCUGCAUCAAAUUGAAUCAAACCUUCAGCCGCCUUCUAAGCAUCAACUUGAGUGAGAGAAAAAUUCAGUGCACAGACGCGCCCCGCACUGGUCCUUGUCGGGCAAGCAUACCCCGCUGGUUCUAUGACCCGCUGAAGCUGAAGUGCUACAGCUUCAUUUUCGGCGGCUGCAACGGAAAUGAAAAUAACUUUGAGGACGAGACGACCUGCAUGGAGACGUGUAAAGAUGUAUCAGAAAAAGACUUGUAUUUUACGACAAUCUUUUCCCCACUUGAGAAAGACGAGGAAAGCAAUUCAGGCUCUGCCGUUGUGGCUGUGGUUCUGGUUCUGGGCCUUCUUGCUCUGUUGGCUGGCCUCUCAUACUGUUACAUCAAAAGGCGCAGAGGGCAAUCCAGGAGUUCAACUUCCACAGACCCCGCCGAAGUGCCACUAUCAAAGUGAGACGUCACCGUCAAUCAAGAGGAAAGUCUUCACCUCAGGGCUGCAGUUACCACGACAGUCUGCCUGACCGCUUUUUGCUGCUGUUGUUGUUUUUGUAUUUUGUGAGAGAGAAACUGGACUUUUUGUGCAUUUUGGUUUGUUUUUUGUCAGUGUUUUUUUUUUUUUUUACUUCAGUGAAACAUUAAACUGAACAAAGACUAGGUUUGAGACUAAAACCAGUUGGGAUAGCAGCAACUUCACGCAUCAGUAAGGCUGGAUUAUAUUGUUUUAUGGUUGAGACACAACCUUCAUGUCUGCUAUGUUUAAACAGCAGGUCUGUUCUGUUUAAAUUAACGCUGUUUUAUAUGUCACCUUGAAUUGGAUUUUAGGAUUAAUUCAGUUUAAAGACAAUGACUCUUUUUAAGAAAUGUAUUUCAAUAAACUGUUUUUAGGCUUAAAAAAAUCUCAAUUAAGUGCCAUUUGUUUUUAACGACGAAAAACCAUUUUAUUAAAAAAAAUCCUAAUUCACCUGGAAGUCUUAUUUCAACAAUCUUACUGUGUGUUUGGUCAACUGGGAGCAACUGGAAGCUUUUCUCUCAUCAAGGAAACAACUUUUUAAUUGACUCAACAAAGCAGUCAAAAUGUUGUCUUUUUGCACAUUCCCUUGUUUACUUUGGAGUUUUACAUGUUUCACCUUUAAUUUGUUAAUUAGUGACACCUGAAUGACAGGUUUGAUAAGCUCCCUCUCACUUGCACUCCAGAUUGAGGCAGAGAGCGUGGGUUGUUCAUUUUCGUUGACCCCUCUUGUUUGCUACUUUUAUGCCACUUUGUCGCUACAGUUUUCUUUACAUUCACCUUUUCUGCCCUUUGUGGACUGCCAUAGUGGCAGGACAGUUGGCUCAGAGUAAUCUGUCUACACGGUUCAACAGAACUGUCUAGCAAUAUUGGAGCUAUCCAGCCAUACAGUUUAUUGCUAGAUUCAAGGAAAACAAAGACGUUUACAGACCCAUUUGUCCACAAGUGGAUGCAUCAGAAUGGAGCAAAGCGGGGAGAUUGUGGUCCGCUCAGUGUUCCUGAUUCAAAGUGAUUUGAAUAAAGAAAUACGAAAAAAAGC